ACAUCAUCCAACUAAAGAGAACUAGGGUAUCUCAGAUGACCACCAUGGAAUGUACGAGAACAAGCUGUUAGCGUGUGUGAUGCACAGUCAAUUUCAGUUUAGGAAUCUCUUGUUGCCUCUGGCACCAUGGAUGAUGCUGCAAUCCUUAAAAAGAGAGGCUAUGUCUUGGGAAUCAAUCUGGGAGAAGGGUCAUACGCUAAAGUGAAAUCUGCCUACUCUGAUCGACUGAAAUUCAACGUGGCCGUGAAGAUAAUCAACAAGAAAAAAGCUCCUCGUGACUUCCUGGAAAGAUUUCUCCCCAGGGAAAUAGAGAUUUUGGCCAAAGUGAAUCACCGCGCAAUUGUCAAGACCUAUGAGAUUUUUGAGACGUCCGACAGCAAAGUCUACAUCGUGAUGGAGCUUGGCGUACAAGGAGACUUACUGGAGUUCAUCAAGAGCAGAGGCGCCAUCUCUGAGGAUGUAGCUCGCAAGAUGUUUUGCCAGCUGUCUUCUGCCAUCAAGUACUGCCACGAUUUGGAUGUAGUCCACAGGGAUUUGAAAUGUGAGAACCUCCUUCUAGACAAAGACUUCAAUAUCAAACUGUCAGACUUUGGCUUUUCCAGACGACUGACUCGAGAUGAAAAUGGCAAGCCUAUUCUCAGUAAAACUUUCUGUGGUUCUGCUGCAUAUGCAGCCCCCGAAGUGUUACAGGGCAUUCCCUAUCAGCCUAAGAUUUAUGACAUAUGGAGUCUGGGUGUCAUUCUGUUUAUAAUGGUCUGUGGAUCAAUGCCAUAUGACGACUCAAACAUUGGAAAAAUGCUAAAGAUUCAGAAAGAACACAGAGUGCACUUUCCCAAGUCCAAAAGCUUGACAGUUGAGUGCAAAGAUCUUAUUUACCGCAUGCUGCAGCCGGACGUGGCUCGGAGGUUGCACAUAGAGGAAGUUUUUAAUCACGUGUGGAUGCAGGCUCCAAAACCCAGAGUUCCUUUGGCAACUUCACCUGUAAAAGAAGGAGAGUGUUCUCGGAAUCUCAGAGAGUUGAAGUCAGAGCACAGACAGGAAAUAGACCCCCUGGGGGAAUCGAAGCCAAACAGACCAGAUUACAAAACUGAGUUUAAAGCAGUGCCCAGAUUGGAAGCAGUACGGGAAACAGAGGCUGCUGUUCCCAAGGAAGAGCAAGCAGAAGUUAAUGAUCUUACAGAUCAAAUGCAAAGAACAGGGAUCAAAAGUGGUGAUGAUUAAAGGAUAGCCAUGGGUAGUGUUUUAUCUAGCCCCCAAAGGACUAAUUGACAAGACUAUGAAGUGAGGAGUGUGAAAAGGGACCAAAGCAGACAGACGUAAAAAACAAUUUUAUGAAUUCUUUUAGAUCUCUAUAUUGGUAGCGACAUGGCUGAACAAUCCAUCAAUAAAUCUCUACA